GGUGAAUCGGACAAUUUAUAUUCAGCUUUCCACCUUAAAUAUAGCAUGAUAUUGAAUAUGACCAGAGCUGAAGGGUUGGGCCCUGAACUUCUGUUGAAAAAAAGUUUUUAUCAAUUCCAGAAUACUGCUCACAUACCAAGACUCGAAGAAGAAUUACGCAAUCUGGAAAAAAAUCGUGACUCCUUAGUUGUUCCCGAUGAAGAAACUGUGGCUGGAUAUUAUGAGAGUCGCAAAUUGUUAAGGUCAUAUUAUCGCGAGAUGCGAUCCAUAAUAAAUCAUCCAUCACACGUGCUCACAUUUCUUAAGCCAGGAAGAUUGGUUCGGAUUAAACAUGCUAAUAUGGAAUUUGGAUGGGGCAUGGUUGUCGCUUAUGGAAAGAGGAAGAAUCCGGAAGAAAUUGAGAACUCCAAUUCCGACCAACCGACGUUAGAACAAAAAGAAACCCUAAAGAAUCUUCAAAACAAGCGAGCACCGUUACCCGGGGAUUAUUUCGUUGACGUGUUGCUAUAUUGUGAUCCUAACUCGAUCGUGGCAAAGACUGCUGACGGAAUAACUACCGGUGUUCGACCUUGCAAAGAAAACGAACCUGGAGAAAUGAUGGUCGUUCCCGUUGAAUUGUCGACCAUACGUAGUUUGAGUGCGAUUCGCAUAUUUUCACCAAAAAAUUUGACAAACCCUCAAGUUAGACAGGGUGUUUACGAAAGUAUUCAGAGUGUGAUCAAACAAUUUCCUGAUGGAUUAAUACCAUUGGAUCCAAUAGAAGAUAUGGGAAUUAGCAAUGAAAAUUUUCAAAAGCUAAUAAGAAAAAUCGAAAUUCUUGAAGACAAAGUAUCGUCCAACCCACUUUUUGGUACUCCGCACCUUCCAGCAUUGUACGAGCGUUAUUCGAAGAAAGUUUCACUUCUUAACAGAAUAAAGAAAUUAAAAAGUAAAAUCGGCGUUGCACAAUCAAUUUUGCACCUUGAUGACCUCAAGUAUCGAAAGAGAAUUCUACGUCGAAUCGGGUAUUUGACCGAUGAUGAU